GACGUGGAGAACGUCUGGCCUCUGGACCAACGAGAGAGAUGGUGGGCGGAGCCAAAGGCGUGGGCUCGCUCCGGGAUUUAAACUUGAACAGCGGACCGUUAACGACUACGCUGAGCGUGGAGGUGUCGUGCGCCUGCGCGAGUGGGAAACAGUGUUCCGGGGUGAGCCGCGGCUGCUAGACCCUGGGCAGCGGCGGCCGAGGCUGGUGAGGGUCGCGGAGCUGGAGCGGUGGACCUUUCCUGGGACAGGGUGCAGCGGAGACCUGCGCUCCUUCCCUCGGCCGCUGCGCGUGGAUUCGCGUUUUCUUCCCUGCCAGGCUCUGGCGUUCAAGGUUUCCUUUUUGUUAACUCAAAUACAGCCAGUCAAGGAAAACCAAAAUAAGGUGGCACAAUAGAAGCUAUCUUAAUUGAAGAAAUACUAUCCGUGAUUAUAUUUCUCAUUGGGAAUAGAACCUGGAGACAGAUUUUCCUUUAAGCAGUUUUAAUGGCAGAAAAAAGACAAGCUUAUAGUGUACCGGAAGCAAUGAAGCAACUAAUAGGACCUGGUGGACAAAAAUGGGCCAAUAUGGAUCCAGAAGAACGAAUGUUAGCUGCUGCUACAGCAUUUACACGGAUCUGUGCAGGGCAGGGUGAAGGAGAUUCAAGGAGAGAAGCCCAGGCUGGCCAGUAUGAUCCCUACAGUAAAGCCUCAGUAACACCAGGAAAGAGACCUGCUCUUCCUAUGCACCUGCACUUCCCAUAUACAGGAAGCCAUGUCACUUCAUCCACAGUUUCAGAGACUUCCCAAAAAUGCAGAAAACCAGUGAUGAAGAGGAAGGUGCUGCGUAGAAAGCCAGAUGGGGAAGUGCUAGUGACAGAUGAGUCUGUUAUCAGUGAAUGUGAGUCUGGAACAGAAAGUGAUUUGGAUCUCUGGGACUUGAGACACAGGUUGAUGAACUUACAAUUCCAAGAAGGUACAGAAUCCCCAGGUGUCACUUCACAAAAAUCUAACCUACCAUGUGAAUACCAAGGAAUUUCACAAGAAGAUCAGCUCAUUUGCUAUCUACAAAGAGAAGAAAUGGGCCCUCCUGUUUAUGAACAAGAUUUGAUUGUUGCCAGCAGACCCAAGUCCUUUAUUCUCCCCAGACUGGAUCAGUUGAGCCGAAACCGGGGCAAGAUAGACCGAGUAGCCAGAUAUUUUGAGUACAAAAGAGACUGGGAUUCAAUGCGGUUUCCUGGUGAAGAUCAUAGAAAGGAGUUACGCUGGAGUGUCCGAGGGCAAAUGCUUUCCCGAACAGAACCUCCGUCCAAGCCUCAACAUGUGUAUGUUCCAAACAAUUACCUGGUGCCAACGGAGAAGAAAAGAUCUGCCCUUCGGUGGGGUGUGCGUUGUGACCUUGCAAACGGUGUCAUGCCCAAGAAGCUUCCCUUCCCGCUUUCUCCUUCUUAAGUCUUUAAAAAACAUGUCUCUCCUACCAAAAGAGUUAGGAUAACCUAGUUCUUUAUCUCUCCUUUAAAUAUAAUUGCCUUGAAAAGCAGGCAGAACACAGAAUAAGGACUUCACUGGUUCUUCCUAGCGUUGUUGGUAUGUCACAUAGAUAUCGUACACCACUUGAAUUUCUAAUUCUCAAAUAGAGCAAUUGUGAGGGGGAUGGAAAACUACUGGAAUUUGGAUUUUGUCAAAGUAAGUGCCAUUUUGAAACGACUUGUAAACUGUGGCUUGUUUUUUUGUUUGUUUGUUUUUGGGGGGUUUUUUUGUUUGUUCUUUUUUUAGGAUUAAGCUAAUCUAUUAAAGAAUUUUGGAAAAUGA